UUGUCAUAGCCCAUCAUAAUGACCACCAUCACCUCAUUGACCUCAGUUAAUCAGAGUUCCCCAUUUUUUCUCCGAUCUUCACAAAACCGAUUUCCACUCCCAUUCCCAUCUUCAUACAAGGGUUUAAGAAACAGUACCAGAUUUCCAUCAUCUUCAAUCGAAUUUGUGGGUAAAAUUUACAGGGCAAUGCCGUUGAACUGCUCUAAAGAAGUAGAUAACGGAGCACUAAGUUCCUUUAAACUCAACGAAUCUACUUUUUUAGCUUCUUUGAUGCCGAAGAAAGAAAUCGGUGCUGACCGAUUCAUUGAAUCUAACCCUAAUUUUGAUGGUCGCGGUGCUCUCAUUGCUAUCUUUGAUUCUGGUGUUGAUCCAGCUGCGGCUGGUUUACAAGUUACUACAGAUGGGAAACCGAAGAUUCUAGAUGUUCUUGAUUGUACAGGGAGUGGUGAUGUUGAUACCUCGAAAGUGGUUAAAGCUGAUGAAGAUGGUGUUAUUAUGGGAGCUUCAGGAGCACCUUUGGUUGUUAAUUCUUCAUGGAAGAAUCCUACUGGGGACUGGCAUGUUGGUUAUAAAAUGGUUUAUGAGCUUUUCACGGAUACUUUGACUUCUCGGUUGAAGAAAGAAAGGAAGAAGAAAUGGGAUGAGAAGAACCAGGAAGCAAUUGCUGAAGCUGUAAAGCAACUCCAAGAAUUUGACCAGAAGUAUGUUAAAGUGGAGGACAUCAACUUGAAAAGAACUCACGACGACCUUCAAAAUAAAGUUGAUUAUCUCCGUAAACAAGGCGAUAGCUAUGAUGAUAGGGGACCAGUUAUUGACGCUGUUGUGUGGAAUGAUGGUGAUGUAUGGAGGGUGGCUCUAGACACCCAGAGCCUUGAGGAUGACCAGGAGCUUGGAAAACUAGCAAAUUUUUCUCCUCUAACAAAUUACAGGACAGAACGAAAAUAUGGUAUAUUUAGCAAGCUGGAUGCGUGCUCAUUUGUCACCAAUGUAUACGAUGAAGGAAAGAUCUUAAGUAUAGUAACUGAUUGUUCCCCUCAUGGCACUCAUGUUGCUGGCAUUGCAACUGCUUUCCACCCCAACGAACCUUUGCUGAACGGAGUAGCGCCAGGAGCACAACUGAUAUCUUGUAAAAUUGGUGAUGCACGGUUAGGUUCUAUGGAAACCGGAACUGGCUUAAGUCGAGCUCUGAUAGCUGCAGUGGAGCACAAAUGUGAUCUGAUCAACAUGAGUUAUGGAGAGGAUACACUGUUACCAGAUUAUGGGCGCUUUAUUGACCUUGUAAAUGAGGCUGUCAACAAACAUCGACUGAUAUUUAUCAGCAGUGCUGGUAAUAGUGGACCUGCCUUGAACACUGUCGGUGCACCAGGUGGUACUACUUCAAGCAUAAUUGGUGUUGGUGCAUAUGUCUCUCCUGCCAUGGCCGCCGGGGCUCAUUGUGUAGUUGAACCUCCAGCUGAAGGACUUGAAUACACCUGGUCUAGCAGAGGCCCUACAGCUGACGGUGAUCUUGGUGUAUGUAUAAGUGCUCCUGGUGGGGCAGUAGCUCCUGUCCCUACUUGGACUCUUCAACGCCGCAUGCUUAUGAAUGGAACUUCCAUGGCUUCACCAUCUGCUUGUGGAGGAGUCGCGUUAUUGAUCAGUGCAAUGAAGGCUGAAGGUAUUACUGUGAGUCCAUACACUGUGCGAAGGGCACUUGAAAAUACCGCCAAUUCUGUAGGUGGUCAUCCAGAAGAUAAAUUAUCUACCGGACAAGGGCUAAUGCAAGUUGACAAGGCUCUUGAGUAUAUUCAACAGUCUAGGAACACUCCAUGUGUUCGGUAUCAAAUAACAAUCAACCAGUCUGGCAAAACAACACCUAAAUCACGAGGCAUUUAUUUGAGGGAAGCUAGUGCUUGCCAAAAAGCUACCGAGUGGACCGUUCAAGUGGAACCGAUGUUUCAUGAAGAUGCAAGUAACUUGGAGCAGCUGGUUCCUUUUGAGGAGUGUCUACAGUUGCACACUACAGAAAAUGAUAUUAUCCAGGCUCCGGAGUAUCUUCUUCUUACUAACAAUGGGCGAACCUUCAACAUUGUGGUUGAUCCUACCAAACUGAAGGAUGGUGUACAUUAUUUUGAACUCUAUGGAGUAGAUUGCAAAGCACCAUCGCGUGGUCCUCUUUUCAGGGUUCCAAUAACUAUAACAAAGCCUAUUGUUUUGACAGAUAAAACUCCACUAGUUGCGUUUUCAGGGAUGAGAUUCGUUCCAGGUCAUAUUGAGAGGAGAUUUAUUGAGGUACCACGUGGUGCUAAUUGGGUUGAGGCGACGAUGCGAACUUCAGGUUUUGAUACUGCUAGGAGAUUCUUUAUUGACACUCUUCAGAUUUGCCCCCUCAAGAGACCUAUGAAGUGGGAACGCGUGGAAACAUUCUCAUCUCCUUCUGCUAAAAGCUUUUCGUUCCCCGUGGAAGGUGGUCAGACAAUGGAAUUAGCUGUAGCUCAAUUUUGGUCAAGUGGCAUUGGAAGUCAAGAAAUAACCAUUGCUGACUUUGAGAUUGAAUUCCAUGGGAUAAGCAUCAACAAAGAAACUGUGGUUCUUGAUGGAAGUGAUGCACCUGUUAGAGUUGAUGCCACGGCUCUAUUGUCAUGUGAAAAACUUGUACCUGCUGCUACUCUUAACAAGAUUAGGAUCCCCUAUCGUCCCUCUGAAGCUAAAUUUUGCACUCUUCCUACAGAUCGGGAUAAGUUAGUUUCGGGCAAGCAAAUCCUUGCACUAACAUUAACUUACAAGUUCAAAUUGGAUGAUGGAGCUGAAAUAAAGCCUGUUGUACCUUUACUUAACGGUCGUGUAUAUGAUAACAAAUUCGAGUCGCAGUUUUAUAUGAUAUCAGAUUCAAACAAGCGUGUCUAUGCAACAGGCGAUGUCUACCCAAAAUCUGUAAAACUUCCUAAGGGUGAUUACAACCUACAGCUAUAUUUAAGGCAUGAUAACGUACAAUACUUAGAGAAGAUGAAGCAGUUGGUCUUAUUCAUCGAGAAAAAACUGGAAGAAAAGGACUUCAUCCGCUUGAGUUUUUACUCUCAACCAGAUGGUCCAGUGAUGGGUAAUGGUAGCUUUAAAUCCUCAGAUUUAGUACCUGGGACACUUGAAGCAUUUUAUGUGGCCCCACCGACUAAGGACAAACUUCCAAAGAACUGUCCAGCAGGAUCUGUGUUGCUUGGAGCAAUUUCAUAUAAAAAGCCAUCUCCGAAGGGGAAGCAGAUUGUAUCAUAUGAAGUUUCAUUUGUAGUUCCACCAACUAAGGUGGAUGAGAAGCCAAAAGAUUCUUCUCCAAUGUGCACCAAGAGUGUGCUUGAGCGUCUAACAGAAGAGGUUCGUGAUGCAAAGGUGAGCUUUUUGGGAAGUGUAAAACAUGGGACUGAAGAAGAACGAUGCCAGUGGAAUGAGUUAACUGCAAGUCUCAAGUCGGAUUACCCAAAUUACACUCCACUACUUUCUAAAAUCAUGGAGUGUUUGCUCUCUGAAAGUAAAGAAGAUAAGAUCGUCUACAAUGAAGAGCUAAUAGAUGCAGCAAAUGAGGUUGUUGAUAGUGUUGACAAAGAUGAAUUAUUGAAGUUCUUUUCGGUGAACCAUGAUCCUGAAGAUGACAAGGAAGUGGCAAUGAAAAAGAAGAUGGAAGCAACACGAGACCAGUUGGUAGAAGCUUUAUACCAAAAAGGAUUAUCACUUUACGAGAUCGACUCCCUCAAGGGUGGGAAGGUGGUAAAAAAUGGAUCUGCUACUGAAGGUUUUUAUGUGGUGGAUAAGUCAACAACGGAGUAUGCUUCUGACUCCAGUGACAAACAGGAAGACUUGUUUGAAAAGAAUUUCAAAGAAUUGAAGAGAUGGGUGGAUGUAAAGCCCACAUCCAAGUAUGGCAAGCUCUUAGUGUUGCAUGAAAGACGCCUCGGAAGGCUUGGGACAGCUUUGAAGGUGGUUAGUGAAGUGAUUCAAAAUGAUGAUAGUCCUCCAAAGAAGCAGCUGUAUGACAUGAAGAUAUCGUUGCUGGAAGAGAUAGGAUGGGAGCAUCUGGCAUCUUACGAGAAGCAGUGGAUGCAUAUACGCUUCCCUCCCAGCUUGCCUCUGUUUUAGUUGAAGUCUGCUUUCAAAUGGUUUUAGUUAAAUUUCUUAUGUUCUGAACACUAAUUUCAUUCCUACGAAACAUAGAAAUAUAGAACUAAUUUAAUGUAAAUGUUAGAUUCUUAUUAAGGUUAGCUUAAGUUUUCCUCUUAAUGAAAGAUUCGAGGAAGAAUAUACAUUCUCGUGAUUUGUAUCCAAGGGUCAAUUCAAAAUUGAAAAUUGGAUUAUGGAAUUGCGAAGCAUAAUUUUUUUUAGUUGGAUCAAAACUUCCAAUUGAAUGAGUAUGAAUAAAGGGUACUUUAAUUUAUUUA